AUGGUCAACUCCCAGGCCAAGUGUUUUGAGUGCAUGCCAGCAGAGGCCUAUGAAGGGAUGACUGAUGAUGAAAUCCUGGAGACCUUCGACCAGCAGCUGAAGACAAUGGAGGAAAAGUGGACACAGCUGAUGGUGGAAGCAAAUGAAGAGAUGAUUGAAGAAGAAAUCCUGCAGAACCUUGACCAGCGGCUGAUGGCAAUGGAGGAGAUGUGGACACAGCUCACUGCAGAUGCAGAGGAUGAAGUAACGAACAAGGAAACCCUGCAGACCCUUGAUGAGUGCUUGGCAGCAAUGGAGGAGCACUUGAUUAUCUUGGAUACCUACAUCUGGAAACUGUGCCACUCUGACAGGGACUUAGAGCUUGAUGAGGUGGACUGUCUACACCACAAAGUCAAAAUCAACAAACAAGCGAAAGCAAAUGAGAGCAAGGGUUCAAAUCCCAGAAGAUCCCAGCAACCCAAGAAAGCUCUGGCACUAUCCAAGGGCGAGAAGCCCAAGUCUAAGCCCAAGUCCAAGCUGGCCAAGGGCAAGAAGCAUGCUCGUGCAGAGGUGGAGGAUGAUACAGAUUCUGAUGAGAGACCUGCCCAACGGGCAUGUUUGGGCUUAGUGAAUGGAGAUGCCCAUAGAGUCAUAGGCCUUCUGUGUUGUGCUACACGUGUUAUGGCUGUGGAUGGACCUGCUGUGGAUCAGCCUAGCAGUUCUGCUCAGCCAUCUCAGUGCAGGGGAGACCCUACAGUGUAUGACACAGAGGAUGUUCCUCCAAAAUUGUCUGCAUGCACAGAAGAUGAGUCUGAGCUGUCUGAGCCAGAAGAUGAAGAUGACAAGGAUGAGACACAGGAAGCUCCUGUCUUGUCUCCUGCAGCUCAGCCAUCUGGGAGUGUGAGCAUAAAAUCAAAGUUCCAGGCUGCAAACCUGAUGCUGCACAAUGUUGCCAGUGUCCUGCAGUCUGAGGAUUUGCUUCCCUAUAGACAUGGUACCAUCUACGUACCAACAACUAUUGAGCUCGUCAUCCACUGUAAAAUUUACAUGGGUCCACAGAAUUUCCAGUUUAUGAUCUGUGCCUGUGAUGGCUGUUGGGUGCAUGGUAGCUGA